GAAGAGCCAUCCAUGUUUUUUAAAGCUCAGUUCAUUUAUGUAGACUUUGCACAGCUGACAAGUUGCACACGGGCAUGUCCAUGAGUGUUAUGGCUGCUUUAGCAAAGGCAAUGUCGAAGUUCCGUCUGGCCGUCGUGCAACUCCAUGUGACUAAGGUGAAGGCAGACAACUUGAGCAGAGCACAGAAACUGGUGAAGGAAGCAGCAGGUCAGGGGGCAAAGGUCGUGGUCCUGCCUGAAUGCUUUAACUCCCCCUAUGGGACUAACUUUUUUGCGGAAUAUGCUGAGAAGAUCCCAGGGCCAUCUACUCAAGUACUGUCGGAAGCUGCAAAGGAGAACGCCGUAUACCUAGUGGGAGGAUCCAUCCCAGAGGAGGACGGGGGAAAGCUGUACAACACCUGCCCAGUCUUCGGCCCAGACGGCACCCUUCUGCUCAAACACAGAAAGAUCCAUCUUUUUGACAUUGAUGUGCCUGGGAAAAUCCGCUUCCAGGAGUCAGAGACACUCAGUCCAGGAAGCAACUUCUCUGUAUUUGACACCCCCUUCUGUAAAGUAGGUGUUGGGAUAUGCUACGACAUGCGCUUUGCUGAGCUGGCACAAAUAUACACAAAGAGAGGCUGUCAGCUGUUGGUUUAUCCUGGAGCCUUCAACAUGACCACUGGGCCAGCCCACUGGGAACUUCUGCAGAGGGGAAGGGCAGUUGACAACCAGGUGUAUGUGGCUACAGCCUCCCCAGCUCGAGACGAAACGGCCUCUUACGUGGCCUGGGGCCACAGCACUGUUGUCAACCCUUGGGGGGAGGUGAUAACGAAGGCUGGACCAGAGGAGGCUGUGGUGUAUGCCGAUAUCGACCUGCAGUACCUGUCAGAGGUGCGUCAGCAGAUCCCCAUCUCCUCCCAGCGCCGCACUGAUCUGUACAGCACAAGUGCUGCAAUCGAGGGCUAAACAUGGACCCAACACAGCUGAACUGCGGGUGGCCACAGAGAGGCCAGCCUGGGCCACGAAUCGCAGCCUAAUGGGACAUAAUCUGCGCAGGCACACCCUAAGAGAGAGCUGUUAACUGCGAAUGCUGAGGAAUAGGGGAUGUUUCCUUGAGGGCCCACUGCAAGAGACCAAGAGGAGCUCUUUUGUGUUAGAUAGUGAGGUACCUGGAUUCGGUGUCAGUGCCUUCACUUUGGUUCAUCUUCAGGCCUCCAUGCAUUUGAAAUCUUUUUCAUUUCAGGU